UCGACUGCCAGGCACACUGCCACACUGAGGCUCGCGUUUAUUUCCAAGUUUGUUAUUCUUUUUAGUUUAAAAGCAUUUUAGUUAAGUUAACCGAAACGCACAACGCAGUUUAAGUUAAUUAUGUCCGCCCUGACACGCUGUGCCUUUCUGCUCCUCACGCUGGCCGUCUGCGGCAGCUGGGCUAUUCGCUGCUAUCAGUGCUCAUCCGACCAAGAUCGGAAGGGACACGACAGUUGUGGAGCCUACAAGCGGUUCAAUCGCACGGAGCACAUAGCCAUCGAAUGCAACAGCGAUGAGAGCCACAUGCCAGGCUCGUUUUGCAUGAAGGUGGUGCAGCAAGGCCCCCGCGGCUUUAUCUGGGACGGCCGCUGGCGCCAGGUAAUCCGACGAUGCGCAUCCGUUUCGGAUACCGGAGUAACUGGAGUCUGUAAUUGGGGCGUGUACGAGAAUGGUGUCUACUGGGAAGAGUGCUAUUGCUCUAGUGACAGCUGCAAUGGGUCCAGUCUUAUAAAAAUGCACGGAUCUCUUCAACUGCUCUUGGCUUUCCUGUUAAUGGGAGCCGCCUCAAGGAUUGUAAGGAGCUAAACAGAAAGUGGCUUCUUAAGACCAAAAAAACAAGACAAAUUGUGCCUUUACACACACUCUUACUAAUCCGUAAGCUGAGAAUGAGUUUUGAUAACAGAAUCACAUUCCGUCCACAUUUCCAUUUAUAAAGUUAAGUUAAAAAGUUUAAAGACAAGCUAGAUCUUGUGACAGCACGAUGACAGAUCGAUUUGCCAAACCAAAAGGAAAACAGAGCGGUGAAUUAGCAAUUUUGUUUAAAGCUGGACGUACACUUUCCCUAAAUUCGAAUGUUUUAUGUUGCUUUUAAAUAUGCAUAAAUCACAUUAGGACAGAUAUAUUUUAAGUACUGAAAAAAAAUGUUAAGAAAUAGCUAAAAGACAAAAUUGAUUAUUCCUACAAGAUUUCUUGUUGUUACUCCCUUACUAAGUUGGUCAAAUCGAUCUGCCAUAAAAGCGGACUUUAAGCCUUAAAAGCUACGAAUAUUGUAUACAUUUAAAGCAAAUCUUAAAGCCAUAAAAUUGUAAACCGAAUCUCGAGCAAUGCACCCACGGUCGAAAUAUAUUCCUCUAUGUAGAGUUUUUCCACAA